AUGUCCUCGCCAAUCGCUAUUGCCACUGUCCAGGCGACUAUCAUUGCUGCUAUAUCCAAUGUCAUCGCACAGGUCCUUGAACUGCGCAGCAACGAGAUCCCCUCAAGCUUCUCAACUCCAGACUUUCUGCGCUUCGUCAUCUUCACAUUACUCACUGCACCGCCAAACUACCUCUGGCAACAUGCUCUCGAGCGUCUCUUUCCCGCCCGCAAACCAUCAACCCCUGCAAAACCGACAUUGCCUUGUUACGAAGACCGUGAGCAUGAUGGACUGAUAGACAAUCAAGGUUCGCAGCAAGAAGAAGAACUGGUGACAAAGCUGGACUGGAAGAACACGGUGGUAAAGUGGCUUUUGGACUGCAUGACAUUAGGUGCAUUGCUGAAUGUCACUGCUUUCAUCAUCCUCAUGAGCCUCAUGAAAGGAAGAUCGUCGAGUCAGAUUGGCAAUGCAUUGCGCACGGACACCUUCCCCAUCAUCUAUGCUAGCUACAGAAUUUGGCCGUUGGCAUCGGUUGUCAACUUUACUCUCAUUCCGGUCGAGAGAAGGAUUGUCUUUCUGAGUUUGGUUGGACUUAUUUGGGGCAUCUAUCUCAGCUUGACAGCUGCGAAACAGUGA